AUGACCCAAGAGGAGGCGGAAGAGAUACGAUUGAGGAAGGUGCGAACAGAUUCUACACGUUCAUCGGAAGGAUUCACGAUCGGCAGCGACCUGGAGGAUGAGCCGAACUCAUCGUCAUAUCGUCCGGCACGCAUAUCGAUAGCUGAAAAUCUUACCAUAUUUUGUGAUGAUGACGUAGAGUUGCUCCUGGCUGAUCAGGAUGAUCAGCGUCAAUCUAAUCUCCCUCCUCAGUCAUAUAGUUUCUUCGAAUAUUGUUGGAAUGAGCUUACCAGAGGAUACUCUUUGCAUAAUGAUCAAACACGAUACACUGAAAAACGACGGAAAGUUUAUGCAUUUCUAAGCAUACCCAUUGAAGUCGAGCGGUUUCUUUUCUAUGGGCUGUUGCAGUGCAUUGAUGCAUUUUGCUAUCUUUUCACUUUUUUACCCAUUAGAUUUUUUAUGUCAAUCAUGGGUUUCAUACUUCGACUGCAACCUUGGACUUCUGCUGAGACUUGUGAUUUUUUCAAAGUUUGGAUUAUAGUUUUUGGAUCUAUUCUUAUGCAACAUAUAGAUACAUCAGUGGUUUAUCAUCAAGUACGCGGGCAAGGAGUUAUAAAAUUGUACAUAUUCUAUAACAUGUUAGAAGUGGCAGAUAAGCUUUUCAGUAGCUUAGGACAGGAUAUCCUUGAUGCUUUAUUCUGGACAGCGAAUGAACCGAAAACUUUUAAAAGUGUCGUAAGGACACUGUUUCAUUUUGCAUUUGCGCUUUCGUAUGCUACAAUACACACAUUUUUGGUUCUACUACAGGCUACCACGUUAAACGUUGCCUUCAACUCCCAUAAUCAAGCUCUUCUGGCAAUAAUGAUGUCUAAUAACUUCGUCGAGCUAAAGGGCUCAGUAUUCAAGAAGUUCGCUAAGGCCAAUCUUUUCCAAAUGGCUUGCAGUGAUGUUCGUGAACGAUUUCAUAUUAUUGCGUUGUUGUUCGUUGUUAUGGUACGAAAUAUGAUGGCCGUUAACUGGAGUAACGAGCAUUUACGUGAAAUGAUGCCAGAUAUUUUGAUGGUUGUGGGCGCUGAACUAUUGGUGGACUGGCUAAAGCACGCAUUUAUCACGAAGUUCAAUGAGAUUAACGCAGAAGUUUAUAAAGAUUUCACAAUUACCAUAGCUUAUGAUGUGGUGAGGAGUCGUGACUCAUCAGCAUUUAGCGAUUAUUCAGACCAGGUCUCGAGGAGAAUGGGAUUUAUCCCAAUACCGCUAUCUAUCAUGCUUAUACGAGUCUUAAGCCAAACAUUUACACUUCAAAGCAAGACAAGUUUGGUUAUAUGCGUGAUUGCUUGGUUGCUUAUGGUUUCAAUCAAAAUAUGCAAUGGUAUAGUAUUGCUUGGAAAGGCGUGCGUCCAUGUUACGGAAUAUAAGGAGUUGCAGGCUCGCGCUGAGUAUGACCUGUACCGUAAGAGAAUGGUAGAAAAGAAGAGCAAAAGCGCACCAAGUUCCCCACGAAUAAGUCUAAUCGACUUUUCUGACGUCUUACAUCAGACGGCUGGAGUUAAGGGAUUCACUGUUUCCGAUUUAAUGAGUCAAUGGGAUGAACUCGAGAUAGCUAGUCAGAGAAGAAGUAUUGAACGCGAACGAGAGGAACGCCCACCAAGAAGGACUCAGAGCCUUGCACAUAUGUCACGCGCUAAACGAGACAAAAGCGAACCACCUCCAUCAAUUCCAGAAGGUGAAGAGAAGUCAAUUAAGGAUGAUUCAUCAUCGACAACUGAGAAGAAAGAAAAAGAGAAAGAAAAAUCUGAUACUGGCCAAGCCAGCCCUAAAAAGAAGCUGGCUCCAUCUCCUAUCGACUUUGAAGGACUGGCUGACGUGACGGCAUACAAAAUGCUUCCACCGGAGCAAGGUGUGGAACGAAUUGAAUAA